UCCAGGGCUCGACCAGAUUGUUACUGCUCACAUGGCUCCGGGGAAGCAACGGGGCAAGGCCAAAGGGGCCCCACCGCCGCCCGCCGCCGCCGGCGGUGGCUUCCCCGCUUGCCUCCGCCUGAUGCCGCCCUCCACCGUCGCCAUCUCCAUCCACGCCAAGCCCGGCUCCAAGAUCGCCACCAUCACCGAGAUCGGCGACGAGGCUGUCGGAGUGCAGAUCGACGCGCCGGCGAGGGAUGGGGAGGCCAACGCCGCCCUCGUCGAUUUCAUCAGCUCUGUACUUGGAGUUAAGAAAAGAGAAGUUUCUAUUGGUUCUGGCUCAAAAUCGAGGGAAAAGGUUGUGCUAGUGCAAGAUGCGACACUGCAGGGUGUCUUUGAUGCUCUGAAGAAGGCGUGUGCUUCUGCAUGAUGUAUGUUCAAAGUGCAUAUGUGAGAAAAGUACUUAACUGACUAGAGAGAGUACCAGCUAAAUUACUGCCCUUUUAUCUGUAAACUGCGUCCUGCAUUGAACCCUGUAAAUGGUUAGUUAACUGACUAAUGAGUCUCACAUUGUCACUGAGAGAGCUGGUUUGUAAUUGAUAUGGUAAACCUUUGUUUCAUAUGGGUUAUGACUCUGCACUGUCACUGUCAGGUGCUAUAAUACUGGUACUUUCAAUCAGAUUGUAUCUUUCGUUUCAA